ACCACAUCUCUUCCUUCCACUUGUAACAAAAAUCUCAGUCUUCUUCUUAGCUUUUUUCCUCACUCCAAUGGCAAAGUUUUUCCAUUUCCUCCUUCUUCUCUUCAUCCAAACAAUCUCAGCCCAAGUAGCACCGACACCAGCAGGACCCACCAACAUCACCCAGGUGCUAGAGAAAGCAGGGCAAUUCACAACCUUCAUCAAACUUCUCAAAGCCACACAAACAGCUGACAGACUCAACUCACAGCUCAACAACUCAAACCAAGGCCUGACCUUGUUUGCACCCACUGACAAUGCAUUCUCAAGCCUAAAAGCAGGAACACUAAACUCCAUAAACUCACAAGACCAAAUGCAGUUGGUGCAGUUCCACAUCCUCCCCACUCUCUACUCCAUCUCACAGUUCCAAACCGCCAGCAACCCUUUACACACACAAGCCGGGAACAGCGACGACGGAGAGUACCCUCUGAACGUCACCACCUCCGGGAACCAAGUGAAUCUAACAACUGGGGUGAUUGACACAACAGUGUCCAACACUAUAUUCAGUGAUAACCAGCUUGCGGUGUAUCAGGUCGAUAAGGUGCUUCUUCCUAUGGCACUUUUUGGCUCGACGGCUCCGGCGGCAGCACCGGCGGAGGCUCCGGCGCCUACCAAGCCGGAGAAGAAUGUCCGAGCAGGGGCAGCUGAUUCUCCAUCAGGGUCUUCGGACUCGUCCGCUGAUGCUUCGAGUGCAGUGAGUUUGAAAAGGAAGACAGUUGAAGUUGUUACCUUUGUUGUUGCCGUUAUUGCCGUUUCUUGUUUCUGAAUGUAAGUCGCAGGAUGCCUCAUUUUUCAUGUUCCUGUUUUCAAUUUUUUUUCCCUGGAGCAAGUUUGGGUUGAUUGAUGAUGAUGAUGAUGAUGGAGAUGCAGAUCUUGUGUGGUGUUGUUGCUAAGAUGUUAAAAAAUUUUGGGUUCAAUAUAAAUGAUUUGUUCUUUCUUUCAAAUAGUU